AUGAGGUUCGAAGCAGCCGAUGAUUCUUUUGUCAUUUUAGACACGAUCGGACUUGGAGACACCGAGAUCGAUCAGGACAAGGUUGUUGCAAGCAUCCGUGACGUUGCGCUGUCGGCGGUAAACGGGGUGGAUGCCAUGUGUUUCGUUAUGCGAAAUGCACGUAUCACUGACGAUGCCAUCGCGCGACUGAUAUACGUCACGGAAUUUCUGUGGGGAACAGACUGCCUCCUCAAUCUUUAUGUCAUCGUCACUUUUGCCAGCAGAUAUUUGGCAAGCAGGGAAGAUGCAAACCAGUGGAUCGAGAGACAAGUGGAGUUGAAUUGGCGCUUCAAGCACAUUUACGACCUUGUCGGCCAAAAUCCGUACCGUUUCAUCUUCAUCGAUAACCCGAGCAUAGAUUCAGGAGAGCCGAAUGUAGAGGAGCGCCAGGCAGCUAGCAAGCGGGCUUUGAUGACCGCCUUUGCCAAGCAUCCUCGUGAUGUCAUUCCUCCUUUCACUCAUUCCGUAAUGCAGAAAGCCAAGCAGUUGGUAGCCGAGCAGCAAGCAGAAGUGGAGAAGGCAGCUGCCAAAGUCCAGGAGGUUGUUCAGAACAAGCCCAAGAAGAGGCGCAAGAGCAGCAAAAGCCGGCCCGUCCGAUCCUCACGCUCUCAGAGCCAUGAGAGCUCCGGAGUGGAUCCAGUCAAGGAAGCACUGGAGGAGAAGAAGCGGGCGCAGGAUAAUUUGGACCAGGCACUGAUCAAGGUGAAGAAGAACGCGGAAUUCCAGCGUGAAGUUGCCAAAGAGGCCGAGCUGGCAACGCUGCGCUUUGGCCAGGCCUACCAAAAUCAGGUGGAGGAAGCCGCAGCCGGGCCGGCUGGUUCUCCCACAGCAUCCACUUCCACUAACCCCGGUGGCAGUGGUAACCCGGUCCAGGCAUGCAAGCGCAUGUUCUUCUCACUGGUGAACAAGAUGGGUGGCAAGAGCAAGGUUGCGAAUCCGAAGGCACUCGCAGCUCAGCCCAAGGACACCCAGCAACCUGUUCAAAGGACGCAGAAGAGAAGAAUCACAGCAGAUGAGAUUCAGAGUGCUUUGGACAACGCCAUUUACCAGUUGAAAAUGGGAGUUCGGGGCCAAGCACCCAUGGCCCUUUUCAAGCAGUUGGACGCAAAGCAGAAUGGAAUGGUGACGCCCAUGGAGUUUGCCAAGUUUGUGCAUAGGACGGUUCAUGGGAUGAGUCGCUAA